AUGCUCUAUAACUCCACCAUCAGCGAGCUGGUGAUUAGAGCGCAGCCGCUUCUCGGCGCGAGCCUUGGCAAGCCUGCGUCGAACUUCCAAGCCGACGACCAUCUGAGCAGGUCUCAACAAAAACGCAUGGGCCGUGUGUGUGGACAAGUCCACAAACAAGACGAUCCACAAAUGGGACUUGUGCAGGAAGCAUCCGAACAUCCAAAUCAUCAUAACGAGGGAAGAUUUGGAGGAAGAGGAGGAGUCGCUGUCUUCCGGCUUCUACACGAGCGGUGA